CAGAAUGUGGUCAGAAAAUGAUAAGAAAGCCAUGUUUAAAUCGUCGUAGUUGUGAACUGCAAUAUAAUCAGCCGGACAAUUUUAGAAUUCAUUAAAUAUUUUUUGGAAUUUUAAUAAUAAAAGACAAUGAAGCUAACUCCACGAGAACAGGAAUCUUUACUCAUUCACCAGGCUGGAUACUUAGCUCAAAAGAGAUUAGCAAGAGGAUGUCGACUCAAUCAUCCUGAAGCAGUUGCACUCAUUGCAUGCCAGAUUCAAGAGUUUGCCAGAAACGGGGAUACAGUGGUUCAACUAAUGAGUAAAGGGAAACUUCUUUUAGGCAGAAAGCAAGUAAUGCAUGGAGUAGGAGACAUGAUUCACGAUGUUCAGAUUGAAGCCACUUUCCCUGAUGGAACAAAAUUGGUUACAGUGUCUCAUCCAAUAUGCAAAGAAAAUGGCGAUCUAUCUCUUGCAUUAUAUGGAAGUUUCUUGCCUGUUCCGGACGUAGCCAUAUUUCAAAAUAAGGAAGAGGACGAUGAUAGAGAUUCUAAAAUGAAAAGAAUUAUUCCUGGAAGUGCCAUACCUAAGAAAGGAGCGGAAAAGAUCACACUAAAUGAGGGACGAAAGAGAGUUGCUCUCAAAGUCGCCAGUAUUUGCGAUCGGCCCAUUCAGAUUGGGAGCCAUUAUAAUUUCAUAGAAGCCAACAAGAAUCUUGUCUUUGAUAGAGCGAAGUCAUACGGAAUGAGAUUGGACGUUCCUGCAGGUAAUGCUGUUCGAUUCGAACCUGGAGAAAUUAAAAUUGUCACUCUAGUAGAAAUCGGAGGUGGAAAGAUUAUAACAGGAGGGAACAAUCUUUGCAACGGCCCUGUCACCAAGAGCAAUUUGCCAGAAAUAAUGCAACGCAUCACUGAGUUAGGAUUUGGCAAUGAAAUUCAGGAAGAGGUUUAUCCUAAAGAGCCAUACAAAAUUCCAAGAUUUUCUUAUAUAUUGAAUUAUGGUCCAACUACGGGAGAUAAGGUUCGAUUGGGCGACACGAUGCUUAUAAUCGAAAUAGAAAAAGACUUUUCUGUCUAUGGAGAUGAAUGUAAAUUUGGUGGUGGAAAGGUUCUUCGAGAAGGCAUGGGCCAAGCAUCUUUCAGAAAGAGUUCUGAGGUCUUGGAUACAGUUAUAACAAAUUGUGUUAUAGUGGACGCUAUUCAAGGAAUAGUGAAGGCUGAUGUUGGGAUAAAAAACGGCAAGAUUUCUGGCAUUGGAAAAGCUGGCAACCCAGACGUCAUGGAAGGAGUGAUUCCGGGGAUGGUGGUGGGCGUCUCUACAGAAGUGAUUGCGGGGGAGGGUCACAUUCUAACAGCUGGUGGUAUCGACAGUCACAUACACUUCAUCUGCCCACAGCUUGUCAGGGAUGCUAUAGCUUCGGGCAUCACCACGAUGAUAGGGGGAGGUACAGGUCCGGCCACAGGCACGAGAGCAACGACUUGCAGUCCUGGACCCUACCAUAUAAGGUUUAUGAUAGAAUCCACGGAUGGAUUUCCCAUGAAUUUUGGAUUUACAGGGAAAGGAAACACUUCUGAUUUUGGAAAGUUGUCUCAAGCCCUUGUAGAGCAAAUAGAAGCAGGAGCUAUUGGUCUGAAACUUCACGAAGACUGGGGAUCAACACCUGCGGCCAUUGAUUGCGCUCUGACAGUUGCCGAUGAAUUGGAUAUUCAGAUUUUAAUCCACACUGAUACACUCAACGAAUCGGCUUGUGUGGAACAAACAAUCGAAGCUUUUGGUGGGCGUACAAUACACACAUACCACACAGAAGGAGCUGGUGGAGGACAUGCACCCGACAUAAUUCGAGUGUGCAGCGAACCCAACUGCAUUCCUUCGUCAACAAAUCCGACAAGACCUUAUACUCGAAACACAGUAGACGAGCAUCUCGAUAUGUUGCUAGUAUGCCAUCAUUUGGACAAGAAUUUGAAAGAGGAUUUGGCAUUCGCUGAAUCCAGAAUUCGAGCAGAGACGAUUGCGGCUGAAGAUGUUUUGCAUGAUAUGGGAGUAAUCAGUAUCAUGUCAUCGGAUUCUCAGGCAAUGGGUAGAGUCUCAGAAGUAAUUUGCCGUACUUGGCAAACGGCGGAUCACAUGAAAAUAGCCAGAGGGUAUCUUCCAGAAGACUCUAGCAACAACGACAACUUUCGCGUGAAGCGAUAUAUCGCCAAAUACACUAUCAAUCCUGCCAUAGCCCAAGGUAUAUCGCACGUGGUUGGAUCCAUAGAAGUAGGAAAAAUGGCAGAUCUUGUUUUGUGGAAUCCUGCAUUUUUUGGUUCUAAGCCAGAUCUAAUUAUCAAAGGAGGUGAUAUAGCAUGGUCUGAAAUGGGUAUGCCUAAUGCUUCAAUUCCCACUGUACAACCAGUUAAAUACAGAAAAAUGUACGGAGCAUAUGGAAGUAGCCCAAAGAAAAAUUCCUGUAUAUUUGUUUCAGAGGUAUCAUUAAGUAAAAACGUAGUGCAAGGCUACAAUAUUGGAAAAGAAACAAUAGCUGUACGCCGUUGUAGAGAAAUAAGUAAACGUGAUAUGGUACUGAACGAUACUCUACCGAAGCUGAGAGUUGAUCCAGAAACAUACAAAGUAUACACAGCUGAAAAUUUGAAUGGAGAAGAAAUUUGGAUUCAUAUGACUUGCGAACCAGCUAAAAGUUUGCCAUUAGCUCAAAAAUACUUCUUAUUUUGACCAAAAGAAAGUUUAAUAAAUAAAUGAA